AUGAAUUCUAUUACCGUGCGCUACUCUCCACUGCACCCCCUUUCUUGGUUUCGUCGCUUUAGGCCAUGGGAGGUGGUGCGCAAAAGAGAAGUGGCUCUUGUGGGCAUCCUGGGGCUUUUGGGAAUUGGCUUGGGAAAGUCUGUCAGCUCAUAUACUCGGGAGAGCACUCAGACCGCCAGUCAGUCGGGCGAUGUGGACGUAUACUCGUCGCAUUGGACUGCCCUGGGCGACUCGUACUCGGCUGGACCCGGGGCAGGCGACGACUAUGACAAUUUCGAGUAUGGAGGGGAGCCUUGUUAUCGCAGCAAAGGUGCCUACGGGUCACAGCUUGAUGCCUUGGACAUCGACGCCGCAGGGCAUUUUCAGUUCCUAUCGUGCACUGGCCACAAAACCACCAACGUGACAAAAUAUCAGCAGCCUGACAUUCUCUGGGGAGACUUGGAGUCAGACAUGCGUGUGACCUUGUCAGUAGGCAUUAGCGACCUUUUCUUCUCGGAAUAUGUCAAGGCUUGUUUAAUCGGCUUUGGUUGGAUGAACUGCUCCGAGACCCUCGACAAGAUUGAUAACUUGAUUGACAACAGCGAUGGGCAAAAUACCUUUAGAGACGGCCUUUAUUCAGUUUGGAAAGGAAUUGUUAAUGAAGACUGGAGCAGCAACCCUUAUAGGAAACGGCAUGUUCCUUCGAUUCUACAUACUCUAUAUCCAACAAUGUUCAACUCGUCAACCGAUCAUUGCAACGACGAAGGACUAUUUGAUUUCAGUGCCAAGUUCACGCAUGAGCUGCGAAAUCAAACAAACGAUUUGGUGACAAGAGCCAAUGACAUGAUUGGCAUACAUGCAGAGACAUUCAUGAGAGAUAACUGGGAAUGGACUGGCAGCAUUGACAUUCUCGAUUACAACAACGAAUUUGAUGGCCACCGAUUAUGCGAGGAGUUUGUGACGGAAGAGGGCGCAGGUUUUGACAACGACGAAGUCUGGUUCCUCGACAUGCUGGGAUCAGACACCUCGGGAGCGGGUGAUGAGACUGUUGACAUUGACACCUGCGAUCCAGACUCGGGUGAUCUCGGCGAGGCUAUCAGCUGCGAGGUGGCCAGGUACAAGGCACAAUAUCCGGGUGAAGACUUUGAUGGGUUGGAAAACACUCCCAAGAAACAGAUUGCCAAAGCAUUUCAUCCAAAUAGCGCCGGAUUCCAGGUGGUAAGAGAUCGAAUCAAUGAGGUCUGGCUCAAAACUCGCCCGCAGCUCCGCGUCCUGCCCCUGGGCGACUCCAUAACGAAUGGAUUUCAGAGCACCAAUGGAGCAGGAUACAGGGAUACGUUCUAUGAUCUUGCCACCAUGCAUAACGAGUAUACGGUGGACAUGAUCGGGUCUGUACAGGCGGGCGACAUGUCCGACAAUGAUAAUGAGGGCCACAGCGGCGCAACCAUCUCAGAGAUAUCUGACUUUGCUGACCUUUCGCUCGGCCAACGCCCCAACGUGGUUCUCCUGCAUGCCGGGACCAACGACAUGGCCAGUGAUGACUCGGCAAAUGGCGCGAUAGAUCGCCUAGCCGACUUGAUCGACAAGAUCCUAGAGCAGUGUUCCGACGCCACUGUCCUUGUCGCCAGGAUUGUGGCAUCGUCCAACUCGGCGACGCAAGAACGCAUCGACGCGUUCAACGCCGGGGUCGAGGCUGCUGUCGAUUCGCGUGCCACUGCCGGCAAACAUGUACACUCAUUGCCGAUGGACGACGCAGUGACUGCCGAUUACCUUUUCGAUGGUAUACAUCCGAAUGAUGAAGGGUACGCCAGGAUGGGCACGCUCUGGUUCGGUGGUGUGAAGUAUGCAUUCAACAAGGGCUGGCUCGAGGAUCCUGUGGCUGGCGAUGCGCCAGCGGAUUCAAAUUCAACCUGUUCGACUGUGCCUACAUGGCUCCCACAAGGCACUAUCGCUUCCGGGGGCGGCCUCGGGGCUGGUCGAAUCCCGGGGCGCAACUGCACAGGAACGGAUACGUGCAUUUGCACGUAUACGGAUGAUACAGAAGAAACAGUAGAUAAUUCUUCCGAUGACGCGUGUAGCGCUCUUGAUCGGGUUGAUACCAGCGCUGUUAUUAUGGCUGAUAUUGACGGGGACGGUCGGGACGACUACUUGUACACUGACAAAAAGGGCAAAGUUACCAUGUACUGGAAUACCGGCCGCGCACCCGAUGACGGCCCAAAUGCAGGCAAGGUGCAAUGGAUGUCGAUGGGAGUCAUCGCCGACGGGGUUGGAGCCCGGGGAGAUCAGAUCCGCUUCGCCGAUCUUGACGGAGAUGGUCGUGCAGAAUACAUUUGGGUCAAGGAUUCGGGCGCUGCAACGGUUUGGUGGAACAAGGGAUUCAACGCAAGUGCCUCGACCAAGGUCAUAUGGGGCUCAGCCACAGGCGAAGAGGUUGCGACUGGCAUCGGCGAUGGCCAGGGCGUGGUCUUUGCCGAUAUGAACGGAGAUGGAAAAGCCGACUUUAUCCAUCUCGCUUCCAACGGCGCAGCGACUCUCUAUAUCAACCAGGGACGCCGGGAUAGCGGCGGCUGGGGAUGGUGGAACUGGGGCGAGAUUGCGUCGGGCGUAGGCAGCAGCCGCGAAAAUAUUCGAUUUGCCGACUUCAACGGCGACGGGCAGGAUGACUAUGUCGUUGUAGACCCAGAGAGUGGCGGGCUCGACGUCUGGUACAACCGGGGCACAAAGUCGGGUGACUGGGCCUCUGUAUCGUCAAUCGUUUGGUGGAAUCCAGGCGAGCCCAUCGCAUCGGGGGUAAGCUAUCUCCCAAAUUGGUCAAACUCAAUGAUGGUCACGUUUGGGGACCUGAACAAGGACGGCAGAGACGACUAUCUCUAUGUUGGACUCACGGAUGCAAGUAUAUACGCAUUCAUCAAUGGAUGCUGA